AUGGACAAGUUCCGCCUGGUGCAGUUGACGCAGGAGGCGCUCAAGGUGCAGUGCAAGAUCGCCGACCACGAGCACUGGGGGGCUCCGCUGCUGAACGUGCAGCAAUGGCAGCAGAAAGAUGAAGUGCAGCGCGCCACCCGCUUCUCCCAGGAUGGAGCUCUCUUCUGGGCCCUCGUGGACAAACCCGAGGGGAAUCCCACAACCUUGAGUGACUCGGGGCUGGUAGCCGGUCGAGACCUGCUCUACUGUCAUUGCAAGACCCUUCGCUUCCCCUGUGUCUACCGUCGAAGCUCGGGGGAGAUCGAGCGAGGCUACUCGUACCAAAUCAGCUCGGUCUACACGCUCCCGGAGUUCCGGAAGCGCGGCCUUGCGGGCUUCUUCCUAACCGAAGUGGCCAAGCAGCUGGAGCAACUACCUCAAGCUCUCGUCUCUGUGCUCUACUCGGACGUCGGACCGACGUUCUACGACAAGCUCGGCUGGAAGUGCCACCCCUCCAAGAUGGCUACACUGGAGGUUGACCACCCUCGCAACGCCAAGGCUGUCGGCAACAACAACGGUAGCAAUGAGCUCGAGACGUUGCUACUGGAUCAUAAGCUGGAGAAGUUCCUGGAAGCUGAUAACGCCCGGCUGGUGGACGAGUUGUCUAGCGAGGAGUUUCAAGGGCGUGACGCGUUCUUGAUCCUGCCGACCCGCGACUCAAUUGAGUGGCAGUUCGUCAACGGCGUGCACUAUGCGCGUGUUGCGGGUUUUGACGAGCUGCCCUCACGCGGUGGCGUCAGGAUUAACGAUGACGCCUUCGUGCUCUGGUGGCACAACCUAAAGGAGUCGACGCUGUACGUGGAUCGGGCUCGGUUCCCAGAUUCCCGUGACAAUGCUGUUGAGACCACGCGCGUUCUGCUGGACGCGGCGAUGCAAGAAGCACGCAAGUUCAAGCUCAAGAAGGUCGUGAUCUGGGACCCGCCGUCUGGUUUGCUGCGCGACGAAGUCCACCGUCUCGUUGAGAUUGAAGUGGCUGAUCGCAAGCUCUCGCUGUCGAGUGCCAUGGUGUUUUACCAUGGAAAUGUGGACGAAAGCAAGGCGACAGCUCUUCCUCACUGGUUCUGCAACGAAAAGUAUGCCUGGGUCUGA